UUCAAAUAUUUUGUCAGUAGUUGCAAUAUUUAUGUCCAGUAAGCUCACAGGAAAUACUAAUGUUGAAAAGUGAUCUGUACCAAAACUGCAUCUUUUAAUGCACAUUUCUUUGUAUACGUGAUAGAGUAGAAGAAAAAGGAAUGAAUUAAAACAAUAUGUUGAUGACUCACAAUGAACACUGCUUCUUCGAAGAGAAAACAUUCCAACAAAUCGAAGCAAAACAAACAUAAAUUGAAGACGAAAAGUAGCAAGGCUGAUGCUGUUGAUACACAACGAGAAGCCUUCAUAAAGGCGAAGAUACGAAAACUAAAUAAUGCUCUGGAUUCGGAUCCUGUCAAUGUUGAUCUACUACGGAAAUUGAUGAUUUCUAAUGAGGGUUGUGUGACCAAUGACAUUAGAUGUAAAGUCUGGCCCAAGUUACUCAACAUCAAUAUAUUUACUGUACCAAGAAAAAAGAAAGCUGAUGUUGAGCUUAAAGAAUUUCAAGAAAAUAGGUGGUGGCAUCAAGUAAAUUUGGAUGUAAAAAGAUCUCAUCGACGAUUUCCAUUUGACACUAGAUUGUCACGAAAAAGAGUUCUUCAGCAUCAAUUGACCAGUAUUAUAAUGCGAGUGCUAUGUCGAAAUCCAGAUUUAAAUUAUUACCAGGGUUACCAUGAUAUCGCUGUGACACUUCUUCGUGUUCUUGGUGAAGAUUUGGCGACCGCUGCUCUUGAUCAGUUAUCAAAGACUCACAUUAGGGAUUUCAUGGAUAAGAAUAUGAACCGCACCAACAAAAUGUUAUCUUUCUUCUACGCUGUCAUAGGAAAAGCUGAUGUAGAAUUGGAGCAAUUUUUACUACGAUCCGAUGUGGGUACAAUAUUUGCGUUAAGUUGGCUGAUCACGUGGUACGGACAUGAUCUCAAUGGAUUCGACCUUAUCGUUCGGUUAUGUGACUUGUUUCUUGCUACACAUCCAGUCAUGCCCGUUUACGUAGCUGUGGCUCUGGUACUUACACAUAAAAAUCAAGUACUUGAACGUGAAUGCGACAUGGCUAUGGUUCACCACUGCUUGUGCAGACUACCUACUUAUAUCGGUGUAGAUGAAAUUGAAAGUCUGAUCUCGAAAUCGUACGAACUUUAUCAAGCGCAUCCUCCUGAAACGUUGAGGGCUGAAGUUCGAAAAUACAUAAGAGAAAGCGAUUCCAUCUCUCAACAUGCGGAACUUAUAUAUCAAUCAUACAACCAAAGACCGGACAGCAUACUCCGCCGUAGAAAGAAACACGGCAGAUUGUUUUCAGAAUCCUCCCGACAAGUUAGCAUAUCGGGAAGUGACAUUGUCGCCAGUGGAGGAGAGUCAGGUGCUCUAAUAAAACACGAAGUGAACCCGAUGGUGAAAGUGGCGGUGUGGGCAAUGACUGUUUCUAUGGGUGUGAUGACGUAUUUUGUGUUGAAUACACACAGAUAUUUGAACUUCUGACAUUUUAUGCCAUGAGCUUAUUGUGCCUAAUAAAAAAGAGGAUUUCCAUAGAGAAACAUGUUGUGCCCAAGCACGAAGUUGUACAAGUUUAACUAAAUUUAGAUGCUUUUUAUCUCUUGUUCCUAAAAUAGAAGCGCUGUAAUCAGUUGUGUUUUUCAUGUAUUAAGCAUGCUACAAAAUCUAUUAGCCGUUUUAAUCGCAGCAAAAGGCUAGUUCUUUUUUAACACAAGCUGUAUGGUAGUUUUAAAUGUAGUAUAACCUUCGUAAAUUGAAGUUUCUAGACUUUCAAAUUUUUCAUUUUCGCAAUUAUAAUUCAUGUGAUACGAAUUUAAUAGUAAAAAGUUAUAUUCACAGGUGAUGUCCUGUAUGAGAGCUCACACUGAUUCGUUCAUGGGGAUGACCCCCCUGUAGGUUGUUUCUGGAUUUUUUGUUCAUGGAAAUGACAUGUUGGCCAACACUUGGAAAGUGUGUGAUAGGUAUAUAUCUCUCAACAAAUGUUAUAAAUAUCUAUAUAUGUAGACACAAAAAAGAAGUUUCAUUGUACAUACUGUGUCACGUUUGACCACGUGACCAAAUAUACAUAAAAUAUGAAAAAAUUAUUUUCAUUUUUAUUAAAUUAUUUUAUAGCUGUAAAAAGAUCAGUCAUUAUUAAAUACAUCUACAUAAUAAAAACUCAAGCAAUCCCUUUCUGCAUCAUCAA